UUCAGAAUCAGUGAUUGAGGUUUCUCAUAAAUAAUUAGUCGGAAGGAGAUCUCCUCUUCUUUUUGCAGGCGGUGGUGCUAACUAAGUUACUUUACUUGUACAGACUCCUGGAUUUAUGCGUCUAGGGUCUGGGAUCACUGACCCUUCGUUCAUCUCUUUGUAGCACAUUGCGUUCAUGAUGUUCCAGCCGUGCGCGCGGUGGAUCGUUGCACCGCUAGCCACCGGCAGCUGUUCUGCAGUGACGGCGCUGGGCACUGGAGUUCAGAGCAGCGCGCUGCAAAGGUCGCUGGCCCUCUCGCUCAGGGCCGUGUCGUCCCUGUCGGGCAGUGCACGCGCUGUACAGCUGCUAGCCGCCAGCCGAGACCCGUCGUCUCCAGCGGCACUGGGCGUCCGCUCGUUUGGUGUCAGCUCCGAGCAGCGUGUCUCGCAGGAUCCCAUUUCGUCGACCGAUCCCACCUGGGUCGUAGCGCCGCGCAGUGGCCAGUGGCAGGACGAUCUCUACCGGCUGAACAAGAAAAGCCCCUACCGCAAGUUCCUGGCCAGGCUCACGGGCCAUGAGCUCCAUGGUGCUUUUUUCGGCCAGCCGUUUAUGGACAUCGUGACCAUCUGCAAUGACUAUGACUAUAAGGGGUUCCUACAAGUUACUAAGUCGAAGGAUUGGUUCCAGGCUUGGUUUAUCGGAUUUCAUAUGCAUAUGUGGAUGUUUGCAAGGCGGAUUCAUCAGGAAGGAGCCGUGGGUCCCUCAAUAGCUUAUAUCCACUUCUGGCACACCUUCUGGCAGCAUCUCGACAUCCGCUUGGAAACAUUCAAGAAAGAGAAUAAACUGCCGGGGAAGAAUAUCACCGCUGCUACAGAAGCGUUCAACAAACACCACCAACGGAACUCAUUGAUGUAUGAGCGUGCUAUCCAUAGUCCGGAUGUAUAUCUUGCCAGUGUGCUUGCACUUACAUUGUUUGACGAUGUGGAGAAUGUGAACCCAGACUCUCUUCUCUUGGUGUGCCACUACUUCAGAGAACAGGUGGCUGCUGUCGACAGUCUAUCCGUGUCGGAGCUCUUCCUUAUGCCCUCCCACAUCUUCCCGCCUCUCAUUGACCAUCCUGACGUGGAGCCGGCAGAGAAGAAGAGGGAGAGGCUACUCCUGCUUAACAAGAAGGUCGAUCAAUACGACUGGAUUGAUUUCAAGAAUCAAUAGUGCGUGCACGUGCACGCGUGUUUUGGAACAAGCAUCACGCGCAUCAUCGCCUGUGCUUUAGCGCGUGGAGCUGUUCUCUCAGCCAAGUGCCCUGCAUAGCCGCCAUGGAGUAGUAAAAUACUGGUAUUUUACUACUCACUGAUAGCUGCCAGGUAGAAUGAGCUGUGCUCUGUUCAUUGCUCUGGCUUCUGGCUCAUCUACCAGGUUAGUUUAGCGACUGCGUACGACUAAGUUGCAUCUGCUCCUGGCGCUACCCAGUAUGUGUCAUCUGUGUGUGCCGUUACCAAGGUGGCCAGCAGAGCAUGUGUGCCGUUACCAAGGUGACCAGCAGAGCAUGUGUGCCGUUACCAAGGUGACCAGCAGAACAUGUGUGCCGUUAUCAAGGUGACCAGCAGAGCAUGUGUGCCGUUACCAAGGUGACCAGCAGAGCAUGUGUGCCGUUAUCAAGGUGACCAGCGAAAUGUGUGUGCUAUUACCAAAGUAGCCAGCAAUUUCUCAGACUCAGAUUUCAUGCCAGCCAGCCAGCCAUACUUGCUCUCAGCUCUCAGGCAGCACACACACAUACAUACACACACGCGCACGCGCACACACACACACACACGCACACACACGCACACACACACACACACUCUCUCUCUCUCUCUCUCUCUCUCUCUCUCUCUCUCUCUCCCAUGCUCGUGCCGACCUCAUACUUCUGGAAUACGGCUUUUUGGCUUCGGUCAUGCUUCUUAUUUAAAAAAAAUAAUAGAAACGAGGAUGGAUUUCAACAGACUGUACAUCUACUGCCGAGUCCAUCAAAUCCUCUACUGUGGAUGUUCAGUUCUCAGUUCAGACUUGUCAUGCUCAGUGCUCUGGAUUUAUGGUCAUCACUCAACAAAUUUGUCGCAUGUUGGUUACAAAUACAGUCAUGUACAUGUA